AUGCAAACUUGUGCAGAACAAUUACCCAUCGAAAUAUGGCUUAUCGUUUUUCAAUAUUUGGAAGCACAUGAUCUUUUUCAUGCAUUUCAUAAUUUAAAUUAUCAUUUUAAUCAAAUACUUGCUUCUAAUUAUCUAUCGUUCUAUGUUCGUUUACACGAAACUGACAAUAAUUAUCUUCAAUAUUCAACUAGUCUCUAUUGGUUUGAUUCUGUACUCAAUCGUAUAACACAUCUUCGAUCUUCCGUACGAUCUCGAUCUAAUUAUUUCUUUGAAUUUCUUUAUUGGCAUGUUAAUAAACUAAUUCGUUUACAAAGUUUAUCGAUUAGAAUAGGUUUACGAGAUACAUCAUAUAUACCAUUUAUUUGUCAAGCUUUAAAACAGCUUAAUGUUCUUGAAUAUUUGUCUUUGACUUGUAUACCGAAUGAAAUCUUAUUCAAAGCAAUAUUAACUAUUCCAACAUUACGUAUAUGCCGGUUAACACUUCGACCAUCAACAACAAUAAUUAAUUAUCGUUUCGAUGUAAAUAGUAAUAUCAAACACCUUUUUCUUAUCGAUCUUGGUAAUGCAAAUUAUUCGCUCAUCAAUCUAUUUUUAAUUCAUACGCCAAAAUUAAAACGACUUGAAAUUUCUGGUUCUUAUUUUAGUUUUCAUCAAGUAUCAAUAUUUGAUAAACAAUUAUGUACACUUCCAAAACUUCAAAUUCUAAAACUUAAAUUAGAGAGUGGUUAUUUCUCAUCGGAUUGUUUUAAAUAUUUACACAUGACAAUGCCUGUUCUAAAGUAUUUUUAUUUUAAUUAUCAUAAACAUAUUUUGCCUGAAACAUUUCUUGACAUUCUUAUUUCUCACUGGUGGUUAAUCAUUGAACAAAUUAAACACGUCUAUAUUUACAUUAAAGGUCAUUUCAUUAUCGAUACUACUAAUGACAAUAUACAAAUGAAUUUGCAACAAAAUAAACAAAUUUUACUCAGUAAAAGUAAUCAAUCUAACAAUUCUAUUAAAGUUCAAUGGACAGAACAAAAUUUUAAUAGACUAAGACUUAUUGAAAUUACUAUUGUUAAAUCUUAA